AUGUACAAUUGGCUAAUAGAGAAUGCAGCUGGGCGUCAAAAAGACGUGAGAAAUUGGUUACGAGGUCACUCAACUCUUAGUGAAAGCAAUUUUCGCUGUCAAGAACAGCAUAUGAGGAAACGAAGCCCUGACACAUGCUCUUGGCUCUUUUCUCAUGAGGAGUUUGAAAAUUGGAAGAAGCCAGAUUCAAAGAGUCCUGUGCUUUGGGUUAGGGCGGUGCCCGGAGCAGGAAAAUCUGUUCUAACCGCCUUUACAGAAAGCACAUUUCAGACCAAUUUAUCUUUUAUUAUUCUUUAUUAUCGGAGACGUAAAAACCUUUAUUCGUAUGAGCUUCAGUCGUCUCUCUCCAUCUUAUUUAUUUCUCGACGGUCUCUGGACGAGGAAUGCGACUCUGAUCCUCGAUGGGAAGCUUUGUCGGAUGAUUUGAGUUUUUUCACCGAGCUUACGCGUGAUAAGUCCUAUCAAUUCAAUCUAUGGUGCAGUAGUCAGGACCUAACCGAUCUUAAGAAGCUUCUGAAAGACUGUGCAGUAAUCGAGGUUACUGAGGACACAAACAGUGCUGAUAUUGAGCUUUAUCUGUCGAAGUCAGUCUUGAAGCUUGAUAGUCUGGAUCUUGAUGAAGGAUAUCAAAAUUUAAUACUACAGGACCUUCGCCAGAAAGCAGAUGGAUGCUUCUUAUGGGCAUCACUUAUGUUAGACUCUGUUCCUAGUGCAGUAACGUUGUCCGCUGUGCAAUAUCAAGUUCAAGAGGGUUUACCCAAAGACUAUGAGAACUACUACCAAAAUAAAAUAGACAAAAUCGAGGCAUCACAAAAACCAUUUGUUUCUGUGAUCCUUAGCAAAAUCCUAGCAUGUAUUGUCUAUGCACGACGGCCGCUGCGAUUGGACGAGCUAUGCGAAUCGAUUGCAAUCCUUGAUGCAUGCGAUUGUGACAAUGUUGAUAAGUCACAGAGAUUAUUUCGGAGCAUGGCUUUAAAGUUGUGUGAGCCUCUAGUCCAAAUCGAGGACGUUGAUACCGCACAUGGCAAAAUCUCAACAUGUACUCUCACACACGGUUCUGUUCCACAGUUCCUCGUAAAACACCCUCAAUGUUUGAGUAGAUCAGAGACAUUAGCAUGUGAGUUUACAGAGGAAGUCAUGGCCAAAGUCACUUUCGAGGAUUAUACAGGCGAAGACGUAAUGGAACACCAUUUGCUCUCUCAUACUACGAACUAUCAGGACAAGCAUCUUGACGGAGUUACAUAUACUCCUGAAAUAUGCUCGAGAGUACAGAGCUUUAACACUUCACCACAUUUGUCUAUUGGAGGUAAGGUCUUUAAUACUGGGGAUUGUGUCCAUCAUGUUUUGGACAGAGUUACAAAUUUGGGAGGUAGGUACCUCGGUGAAAUUGACCGGGUUUUUUGGGCUUCUAUAGGUCCUAAGAACUUCUUGCAACGUGGUCGAAGUCAUUACAAAGACUUCAGAUUUCAGGCUACGAAUGAAGAGCAGGAUCUGGAGAUACAUUCUCGAUACUAUACGGGAUUGAUCUCGCAGAGCGGUUCUGGAGAGCUUGAAUUUACUUGUCAACAGUGGAAACUAGGUACUCAUCGUCCUAAGCUUACAGUAUCGCAAGAACUUAAUGCAUCUCGCAUGAACUGGUGUUUUACCUGCGAAUCGACUCACAACUAUUCGCUAAACAAAAUGGCGAAUAUACACCUAUCAAUGUUUUUGAGAAAAAAACUAUAUUUCGAAGAUAUGACCAACUCUGGACCAUAUAUCGCCAUAGCCUCAAGACAAAACAUUUCGCAUGAAAAUCUUCUUGACAUACAGCUAACAGAAGAUCUUAUUCUUGACUAUGGAGAAUAUAUAACUCAGAGAAUAAUUCAACAGCUAGCCAAAGGCAAGGAACAAGCUGUGACUAGGGCCUCAAAGUCUCCAGCCACCACUAUCGAAAAAUCGCAAUCGAGUCGGUCUAGCUCUUCGUCGAGCAACAGUUCUAUGUUAUCACUUAUGACAUUGAUAUUGGUAAACAUAAACAUGAGAACUAUUGAAGAGUUGGAUGAUCCAAUGGUCGCGUCUGAUGUCGGUUCCGAUGAUAAUUCAGCUGAGACGGAUUGGAGUGAAGGGUCAGCAUUAGGCGAUUCGUAUGAAUUAGACGAUGAUGAUCAAUGGAACGAUUGGGCCAAUGAGCGAUUCAAUAUUGAAGAUCUCAAUGAAGAUUUUGAACAUUUCGAUGAUUCCGAUGAUCAAAGAUCGGAUGAUUGUGACGAUUUGGGCUCUGAUAUUCCAGACAUUCCAGAUUACGAUGAUCUCUCGGAUGAACCGAACGAAUCGGGAAACGAAGAGGAAAUAGGGGGUUUCGGUAAUGAUUCUGAUAUCGAGAUGAUCUCGUCCGGAGCUCCAGGAUAUGUUUUAAAACUUGCUCUUUUGGAAACGGAUCUCGAAGAUACAGACUCGUCUGUCGCUAGUAAUUACUCAAAAAGUCUUUAUAGUGGUUCAGAAAGCAGUGAUAGCGAAGACGAUGAAGAUACCGUGGAUAAUGAAGAGGCACAUGAACUAGAAAUUCUCUACCUUGGGAACAAAAACCUGGGAGAAGAUGCACCUCGCGUUUCAUUACAAAUAUUUGACACCACAAUGCAAGAAAAAACGCCAAUUUUCCACGUUCGCAAUACUUACUUUACCCGAGAACUUUGCUGUUCCACAUAUCGCUCCUGUCACAUUUUCGUCAAGACCAGAUUCUCCUCGUGUGGUGAAUUCGACGGCCGUCCCAUAGAAAGCGAACCUAAAAUGAAUCUUAGUCUCCAAGUUUCAACCCACCAUUUGUCCUCUCGCAAAACAGCUGGGAGUCCUCCUCGAUUGUUAUUCAAGAUAAAUGUACCACUGGGAGAAAGCUCUUCCAUGAGUAUCAGUCGACUAUCGUAUACUCUGACGUGGACGGAUAGAGAACUAUUCUUUGUUACACGAGGAGAAGAGUUGAUUGUUAUGAGGAUUCCAUUAUUUAAAGGCGCGGACGAUAAGACAGCUCCUGUAUGCUACACUCAAAACCCGAUCUAUCUUCCCAGGUUCGCCGAAUCGAGAAAUGUGUAUUAUUUUCCUCCCUCAAAAUCUAAGGAGAAAGACAAAUCGAAAGGAAAAGAAGAAUUCGAGAAAUUAUCAUCGGAUCACAUUCUUCAAUUCCAUCUCAAGGAUUGA